AGAAUAAUACACAAGUUGCAGUCUUCACUUUAGUUCACAUGUCAACCUGCAUAUGACAAGAUAUAUGCUGACAUACACAUUCGCGCUGAGUGGUCUUUGAAAAAUAUGUGGGUGGUCAGGAAGUGGUGAGCUUUGUCACAGGUGAAAUGAGCCCAUGCGGUAGCUACUUAGAUAAUCUUCCAGGGGGUCUUGACUCAUGAACAUGUCGAGGCAAAUGGAUAGACUAAUUUUCACCUACUUGCUGAUUUUCAGCUGUUUCACAUUUCUCUGCGUCUUUGGAAGAGAUCGAGAUGGGUUUUCAUCCUGUGAAGUUCAUCUGUUAGUCAAGAGGGGUAUGACCUGGACAGCUGCCCCACACCAAAAACUGACAGUCGAGUGUCCGGUCAAACACUGUGGAGAAUCACUGAAUGUCACCUGGUAUAAACUCCUGGACUCAGACGAAUUUGAAGUGAUGAAUCAUUCAGAGAAUGUGGAAAUUGCACAGGAGAGCAAACCGAAUGAGGACAAACUGAUCUCACGUCUGACUUUCAAACGAAUUGCCAUUCUAGAUGACGGCAUGUACAAAUGUGAGUUAAGAGGAUAUGAAGAUGAGGUCAGUCACAUGAUCAACAUAUCAGUUUCAGACUCAUACCAGGGGAUUCAAAACGUGCAUACUCAUGCUGAUGCUGUGCCAAAUGUUGCUUAUGUUGAGGAUUUGUCCUGGAUGCCCUACUUCUACCUUUCUCUUAGCAUAGCUCCUCUGGCUGCCAUACUGACAGUGUUAACAAUCUUAAGAUUGUAUUGCUGGAAACGAAUACUGACCAUAAACCAGAAAAAGAAUCAGGAAAUAUCCACUCACACAAUACCAGACCCUCCAAAGGGGAGUGCUCCUUCCAUUUCUGUCCUGCCAGCAAACUUCGAAGUUCUGCAUGAAAAUUACUCUCCACCUGCUCCAGCAUCGGCAUUACAACUUCCCCCGAUGACCUGUGGGAACCAGUCUUCGGUGGCACACACAGCAGAUAAAAGUCUUGGGUCAGACCAUGCCGUGUAUGCUGCUGUAAGCCGCCGGCAGCCUGAGAAACCUGCCAGAGAACUACAAAACCACGCUACCCAUAAGAACACAGAAUAUGCUACCAUUAAGUUUCCUAGUUCAUCAUAGACACACUCUGAAAGUGGAAAAUGUAAAAGUGUGUGGUGUCAUGGAAAAGAGAUGUCAACCCCGCUAAAAAAGAGAUGGACGGAGGAGACUUGCGGUCAUGAUGAUUCACAGUACAACCAGAAGCAUCAUUGAACAUCUUCUCUUGGUCGCAGAUUUUUAAUUCUUGGCAACGUUCUUUUUUGUUAAUUUCCUUGAACCUUGGCAGUCUGUUAAAAAAAAUGAGGAGGUGUCUUAAUCUUGUAAAUAUAUAUAUAUAUAUAUCAUUUAAUUUUUUCCCCUGGAUUAUUUUUGACUAUUGUUUUGUUUGUCAAAUG